AUGAUUUCAAAUUUUUCUAUUUUAGUCAAAGAAUCAUCAUCAAACACGCAAUCCGAAUUAGAUUUAUUAGGACAAGAGAUUACAAGAGUCAUUGAAUCAUUAACAGACAUGCAAUCCGAAUUAGAUUUAUUGGGACAAGAGAUUGCAAGAGACAAAGAAUUAGAACAGUUUGCAAAGAAAGAAAAAUUUGAUUCUAGAAUCACGAAAUUUGAAGCUAUCAAGGAAGAAAUUCGGAAUUUGAUUCUAUAA